GCGUGUCCUCAAUUCUUUCUGACCUCCAUCCUCCUGAAAAAACUACAUUGUCCUUUCUAUCCAACUCAACCCCACCUCGACUCUGCGCCAGAACACCUUUUGUCCUCAAUUCUUUCUGACCUCAAAACUUCUCAUCAUGUCAGGCACCGCUCUGAUCGUCUCUGAGAGGCGCUCGUCUCUUGAUUUCCCGACUGUGGGCUCCCCUGCUAGCGCCCCCGAGAUCCCGAUACGCUCGAGCAGCAAGAGAAAGGAUCUCUCGAGAAAAUCGAUAUACGCACUCGAGAAUGAACAUAGCGACCUAGUUGACAAGAUCAAGGCCGCCCAGAAGAAGCUCAAGCCGUCGUCGUCAUUCUAUUCCAUUUUCUAGUCAAACAAUGCAGAUCUCCUUACCAUGGACGCGGAGAGAGUCGGGGUAUAUAGCUCACUCCAGUUCCGAAAUAUCAGGAAGGCGGCGGAGGCUUGUCGAGAGAGCGCUGGGAAGACGUGGACGAGAAAGGAAGAGAAUGCCUGCUACAGUAUAUUGCACUCGCAAGACAAGCAUCAAUUGCGAAGGAGCACGCCGAAAGCUGGAGCAGACUCCUCUCCAACACUAUCCCCAAUUCGUCAAGCUCUUCAACACGUCGAGGCUAGGGUUCGACCUCAAUGCUACAUCUAAGGGCCGGCGCGAAACAAGUGACCAGUCAAUGAUGAGAGACUUGAUGAAGCAAGCCUAUUGCCCUGGCUCCAAUGGCAUUUGGGAUCCGGUGCUUGGGACUUGGGUCGAUAAGAAAGUCGGCAUCGCCGCACAUCUCUUCCCUUGGCGCUCAGCGGACCUUAUGGACUCCAUCUUCGGGAUUGGCGCCCGCGACGAACUCUUCUCGGCCGUUAACGGCAUCUUUCUCCAUUCGGCUAUAGAAGAGGCUUUUGAUAGGGGCUUCUUGGUCAUCGUCCCUGAUACCAAUUUGGAACCAAAGGAUUCCGCAGCUCCGUGGGAGGACAAAGACGAACGGCACCAGGCCCUCAAGGAUUGGGAAACGACUUUUCCCAGAGAGUACCGUAUUACGGUCUUUGACGCAACGGCUUCGACUAUGCAGGAGGUAGUGUUCCCGAAGGAGGUUUAAAAACUCGAAUUCGGGAACUUGGCCGGCCUACACGGACGCCGUCUUACAUUCAUCACCGAUAUACGGCCCAAGGCUCGAUAUGUCUGGUAGGCGUUUCUCAACGCCAUUACCCAGCUGACCUGGAAGGAGUCUGUUACAAGCCCCAACUCGUUAGUAAAGAAAGAAGUCCUCAAGGGGACAAGGUACUGGGGCACUCACGGAAGAUACGUGAAGAGGAACAUGCUCCUCGGCUUCGUCAACGAGAUUGGACACGAC